AUGUCUCAUCCUGAAAACUUCAAUCAUUUGGCAUCAGUCUACCGUAAUCUGAAAGAUUCCUGUGCCGCAUCCGAACGGGUUCUAGAUAGUUCUGCGAAGUUACUGGAGCUGGACAUCAGAAGGCAGAAAAUUCGAGAAGCUUCACGAUUAUUGAAAAAUCCUCGACAGGAUUCGACGACAUGGAUCGCUCUUACAGAAAGCUUGAUGAUGGAGUUCACCACACCAGAAAGCAUAAAGAUCCUUGAAGACUCAAUGAAAAAGACCGAAGACGAUUACACUCUGGUAAACAAGCAAGUCAGAGACGAUCUUAAUGAUGCACUUAAAGCUAAGUCUUCAAAGGAUUUGGAAUCUCGAGGUUUCACUCUCAAACCGAUUAACAAAUAA